AUGUUUACUAUCGUAUACAGUUCUUAAGUUGGUGUUUUUCAGAUGGGAAAUAGUGCUUUCGAUUUUUUUUUUUUUUAAGUGUUUAAAACCUUGCACCUUAGCUGAGGCCUUGACGUGAGUAGUGUUUAAGAACAUCGGUCAGUGUUAUUGUGGCUUAUAUCCAAGUGAAGCUAUGAGCGAAGACCUGUAUGUAGCUAGAAGUUCCCUGUACUUCUAUGAUACACAUGAACACCCUUAAUUCUUGAAGGAAUGAAAAAGUCUGGCUCAUAUUGGAAUAUCUUAACUCUGGCUGCUUUAACUACUGUAUGCAUCACGAGAAAUAGGCGGUUGGAUGAAAAUUGUUGAAAUUUGAAAUAUUUACUUGUAGUUAAGUUAUUUUCCUAAUCUUUUCAUACAUCUAUACUUUUCUUAUUUGGUGAGAGAGAGAGAGAGAGAGAGAGAGAGAGAGAGAGAUUGUCUUCCGUACUUUUAGAAAAAACUAACCAGCAAGAGUUACAUUUCAAGGCGGUUUUGUCCCCAAAACGAGUCCAUGGCGUUGCUCUCAUCUGUGAAGAAAGAAGAAAAGAAACUGAUACUCGCACCCAAGUAGCUACAGACACAUCCAUUCAUACUAAUAAUAAAGGGUUAUCAAAUGGUUUUCCCAUGAGGAGCUACAAGACUUUUUUUUUUCAUUGUUGACCCUCAUAGACCCUUUUCUUCAAGACGUAGCAGAAAGGAAAGACCGGUUGUCCUAAAAAAAUCUCUAAGAUGGACUACUUUGCAAUGAAGAUGGAUGUAAAUGAGGCAUCCUCUUGGAAAAAAAAGGCACUAAAAAUUCAUUGGUCUCUCUCUUUGUACUAGAAUCUUGCGUUCGCACUUCCGCCAAACCUGCUCGCUCCACCUUUGUUUAAUCUCUGCUCAUUUCUGUAAAUCAGUUGAGCUUAAAUGAACUGAUCUGAUGCAGCUUAUUCGACCACAAAAUUAGACUCUACCUUCCAAUUGAGAAGUUACACACUAUUUGGAAACGGAAGCAAACACAAUUCAAAUCACCACCUUAUUGGGUGGUGGGCCUAAAUAUUUUUAAGUUGAAGAAAGCUACUAAAAAGCAUAGAAUGAAGUACAGUCGGGUGGAUGAGACCAGCGUUAGAUUCAUAAAGUCAAUGAACAUGAUCUUAUAGAAGGCUAUUAUAUAUAGAUACUCAAUGUUAUUAGACCUGAAUAUAAACCCUGAUCGACUUUGAAGGAGAUAUUCUAGGACCGGUAAGUUUUCAGAGUAGCUAUUUUACAUCGAUUGCUGCUAACUUUCUCUAAGAAGUUGACUCACAAACGUGUGCCUGUUUUCGGAAUAGAGGUUAAAACAUAGGCACUAGAUUUAAAUAUUACUAAUUGGUUUCAUUUAAUGAAUAUAAAUAAACCAGAACAAGAAAUACGCAAUAAUAGGGUGAAACGACAUUUGCCAUUUUGAGAAAAGAGAGGGAAGAAAGUGGGGCUCCUCUCUCUGACUCUCUCCCUCUCUAGGGUUUCAUGGCGGGAGUGCGAGGGUUUUGCCUGUAGGGUCUCCAUGGCAUCCCUCGUCCUUAGCUCAAACACAUUCUGAUGACCAUUUUUCUGCACCCCCUUCUUGGAUUCUAUCUCAGAGAACAAGAUGGUGGUUCUCUUUCCGCUUGAAAUGGAAGGAUACAUUCUCUCGUGUUGAGAAUGGCGGUCUGAAAAGCGAAAGAGGGAGACGUUUCCGGCGAGCUUUCGGCUGAAGACGCCAUGACGGUCGACUACAGAGCAUGGGACGACGCGUGGUACGACGUGGAGCUGCACAUGCAGGGGGAGGUGCUCACCGUCGAGUUCUGCAACCUGGAGCCCCCUGUGCGCGAGAGGUUCACUUCCUCGAUGUUCCGGGAUGAUGCCGAUGUGGAGUUGUUCCGGAAGAAGUUCAGGAGAAACUCCAGUCAGUUGCAGGAUGGGGAGUGCCACAGAGUCCGCGAGGGGAUGAUGGUCUGCGGUUCGCUCUCCUCCACAGAGGGCGACCUCAGGUUCUAUGAUGCUAAAGUUCUUGAGGUAUUUCCUGCUGAACACAAGGUUGUUGACGGAGAAGAAGAAUGCCUAUGCAAGUUUGUGUUACUUUGGCUACAUGGUCCUAAUGCUGGUUCCACAACUUGUACCGAAAUUGCAAAUAUUUGCCUGUUACGGCAUGGCAAUGCUCAAAUUCAUCCGCUGUUGGAUGCCUUUGUGAAUAUUUCUAGAAAGAAGAUCAACCAAAGGUUGCAGUCACAUGCCAGCUCUGGAGUUGGGUUUUCUGGUGGCAGUGUUGGUUCACAUGCAUCUCUUCCUGCUGUAGUUGGCCAAGAGUUGGUUUGUAAGAGCCUUUCACUUUCCAGUUCAAAGUUUCGUCAUUCAACAAGUUGUAAGGAUAGUGGCAUCACUUUGACUAGAAAAGAUGGUAGCAGCUGUCGGGGUUCACAGGAGAUAGUGGGGGGUGUUAAUGUUGGAAGUGAAGCAGAAAAUAUAGUCGGUAGACCUGAAAUAGCGACUAAGUGGCAUUAUUUCAUAAUCAACAAUUUGGACCCAGAAUUGUCACCAGCAGAUAUAGUGAAUUUCAUUUAUCAUCAUACGUCUAUCCUGUGCAAUGUGUUCUUCGGACCCAAGCUGUCAACUGAAUAUUGUUCUAGAGGAAUUGUCUUUCUAGAAGGCGAAGAAAAUCUUGGGAAGCUAUCAAGCUUUCUGGAGGACCCAUGUCAACUUAUCACGUCUUCUACUGGCAGACCAUGGUUAAUAGCAGAGCAUGGUUCUGGUACAUUGGAUAUGAUCUAUGGUUCCCUAGGGCUAAAUUUGACGUGCUUUCAGGAGAUAAACACUGAGCAACAAAGGAGAUAUCUUCCUGAAAAUUUAAAGAUAGUACAUGAAGGAACUUCUGAAUAUGCAGUGGGUUUGCAACAAAAGCAGCUUUGGAUUGAGUUUCAGCAUCAAUUUGAAGAUCUUUAUAAGAAUUUACAGGAGCGCUUGUGCAGUAUUUCAACCCGUAGAGGUUUAAUAUGAAGGGAAAGUAUUAUACAAAAUCAGCACCAGUCUUUUAUUGGCUAUGGACAUGUACAGUGAACACUUAAUCACGUGCGUUUUUGUGUCCAAGUUGAGCUUGCAUAGAUGGUACUCCUGCUUUUUUCUGGUUGGUCUUCUGCAGCACUUCAGCUCCAUUUUGGCUUGUACAUGUAGUUCAUAACAUAGACAGAGAGUUGAACGAAGGCGACACUACUCGUCCCGGCAAUUUUUGGAAGAGGCUUGGAACCAACAGCUGCGGGCGUUGAAUACCUGAUGGUAUACAAAAAAUAUGUAGAUAGAUACAAUGAACUUUGCUUGAACCCACUCCUCUGAUGCAGCCAACUGAUAUAAGAACACUCCAACACUCAAGUCUUGGUUUCUCAGAUGCCCUUGUCACAGUUGUGACCUGCCUACUGAAAAUUUUCCAAUGAUUUUCCUUUUUAUUCUUUCGCUACAAGGCUGGUGCUCAUAUUUGAGGGUAAUUUCGGAUACCUGUCAAAUCUUGAACGGGUUCAUUUGAGUAGGUAGGUUCUUACAUCUCGUGCCCUUAUUAU